AUGUGGACAAAUAAUAUCUCCUCCAUCCACCAGAUCCAGAGAAAACAGAAAGAUCGAGCAAAUGUGGAAAACAGAGUGAGCAAGCUCAAGGACCGGAUCAGUGCCAUGACUGAGCAUACGACAAACGUCCAGCAAGAGCGCAUUCACUCUCAGGCCCUGUGUAGGGCUGUGGAGAAGCAAACGGAGUCCGGGCUGCAUUUCAAGGCCUUGUCCGACAGAGAGAAGGGACGGCUUCGUCAGGAGAUUUCUCAACAGCAAAGCGAGCUCAAAUCGCUGCGAGAGAGGAAGAACUCAAAGGAGAACAACAUCUUCAAAGCCACACAGAAGAUAGAGGUCCUCAAGGGGCAGGUGAACAUGGACCAGCAAACUUUGGACGCCUGGCUGGAGGAAUCGGCUCGCAAAGACGAGGACAUCAUGACCAUCGUCAAGUAUGCACAUCAAGAUGAGAGCAGGAUUCGAGAGCUGACUCUGAACAUAGACAAGCAGACGCUGGAGGCAAACCGCAAGAGAAAAGCUUUGGAAAAUGAGGCCACUGAGACCAUCAUGGCACAGGUGGCUGUGGAGAAGACGGCCGAGCUGGUGCAGCAGGCCAACGUGGAGAGACAGGAGCUGAUCACACAGUGGGAGAACUCUAUCAAGCAGAUGAGGAAGAAAGACCAGGAUCUACAGCAGUGUGCUCUGCUGCAGGUGGAGACGAAGCAGAUGAUCCGUGAACGCAAAGCACUGCUAAACGAGAAGCAGAACUUCCUAGCUUAUGAGGUGGACAACAACAAGGACUGCGAGAAGAAGAUCGCCAGGCCAACAGCCUAUGGCAACAGUUCCAGGAAGAGGAGAGAAACCGCACUCGACUGCAAGAUAAGGCACGUUCCUAUAGCUGCAAAAGUCAUGAGCAGCUCACUCAACAGCCUGCAGCAAGAAGAAGGUGUUGAGAGACAUAGAAAAGCAGAUCUGGACACACAAGUUGUCUCUUUCAAAGCCGAGCUCAUUUCUCAGCAGGAAAAACGGGACAGGGCUACCAAGCAGGAGUCCUUAAAGCUGACAAAGGAGGUCCGCUCUAGCAAAAACACAGAAGAGGAGACCUUUGAGGAACGUGACCUCAAUCAAAAAGUACUGAAAGACUGCAAGAAGACGGUCAAUAAGCUGUUUCUGGAAGUCAUGGAGCAACAUCCUGACCUCAGGAGACGUUACAGAUGUACUUCAUGCAGGUGA